AUGAGCGCAUUUGGAAGCAUCCCCUCCAUUCGUAAACGUUCGAAUUAUGUUCCUUCCCCAAAACUCCAAGAUAAAAUGUUGGAUCCUCCUCCCCAAUGGCGAAAAUGCUCUCUUCCCCAAACUCCAAAUAGUAAGGGUGUCAUUUCUGGUAUUGUUGGCUCUGCACCAAUGACACCCAACAGUAAGUGUAGGAUUUCUCGAUCUAGAUCUAGAAUGGAAAGAAAUUCCAGUAGGAGUAGCACAUCUUUUGGGUAUCUUUAUCCUUCAGAGGAGACCAUGAAAGAAUUGUAUGUUAAUUUUGUUCAAGAUAUGAAUCCAGAAGAAGUAGACUUCAUGCCAAGCCUAAUGUUUCAAGUAGAGCAAGCUCAUUGGCACUACGAGGACAAUAUAGUAGAUCAAGAUCCUCGUCUCAAGUCCCUUAGCAUAAAGGACUUCACAUUUAUUUUCUUUAAGAGUUGUGAUCCAUUUAAAAUUUACCAUGCUAACCAUGUAGAUGAUAUACUUGAUGAAUUCAAGGCCUUUAAGCACUCCGUUCCAGUAGCAGGCUCAAUAAUUUUGGACCAGUCCUAUCAGAGGUGUUUGCUUGUGAAGGGCUGGAAGAGUAAUUCUUGGAGUUUUCCUAGGGGAAAGAGGGAAGACCCUGAUGAAAAAGAUCACAUAUGUGCUAUUAGAGAAACCAUGGAAGAGGUAGGAUAUGAUAUAAGCCCACUUUUGAAUAUCAAUGACCUCAUUGAGUAUUCUGAAGAGAAGAAACGAGUGGUUUUGUAUAUUAUCAGAGGAGUGGAUGAGAAAUAUCCUUUUGAACCACGGACCAAAAAGGAAGUGAGUGAAAUUGCUUGGCAUCCACUCCAAAUCAUGGGGAAAAAACGUAACAAGUAUUUUAUGGUUGGUCCAUUUCUACACAAAUUGGAGAAGUGGAUUAAAAGAAAUCACAUGACCUCAUCUACAACACCAUUGAGUGAAAUUGGUGAGAUAUGCACUAUUUGGAAAGCUGAUAAAGAACAAAUGAAUUCGACUCCAAGGAGGUUUUCUGUAACACCCAAUGUUAAAAUUAAUACUCCUAGCCCUUUUCAAAUGGGUCCUUCAACUCCAUGUAGAGAGCUUCAAAAUAGUACUCCUAAUUCUGCUCAAAAGCGUCCUUCCACUCCUAGUUGGAGUAAAAGUAAUCUCAAUAAUUGUAGUCAAAGACGUUCUUCCAAUCAUUGUUGGAAUUCUCAAACUAGUUCUCCUUAUUCAAAUAGUUCUAGAUAUCAUUAUCCUAAAACAGAACCAAUUACUUCUCCUUAUCCACCUAGAUCUUCUCCUUAUCCACCUAGAUCAAUUACUUCUCCUUAUCCACCUAGAUCUUCUCCUUAUCCACCUAGAUCUUCUCCUUAUCCACCUAGAUCUCCUGAUUCAAGUACUUAUUCAAGUACUUCUCCUUAUCCUAAAUAUCGUACUCCUCAUCAUAGAAGAAUGGAGGCUUCAGAUGCAUCUUCGCGGUUAAGAUGGUAG